AUGGAAACUCUGACAGAGCAUUUGUACCAUGUAUUGCUCACUGUCAUCGACUACCACAAUGACCCAUCUGGCGCUCAACGAUCCACUUACGUUCUCGGCACCCGAGGCUCGAUCGAGUCCGCCAAAAGCUCAGCAUACAGAGUUUUAAACGCACUCCAGUAUACAGCCGACGACUUCGCCGAGUAUGCCGUACACUCAAGUCAUCAGGGGACAUGGAGGUACGGCCAAGGUGUUUUGGUGUAUGCCAGAACACCGGCUGGCAGAGCCUUUUUGAUUUCAGUCCAAGCGACCCCGAAUGACGAUCAAUUCCCAGUACAAUACAAUGGCAGCAUCCUGCUUCCUGGAGGAAUUUCGUCACUGCAGUACAUUCUGCAAACUACUAUCGACUAUAACAAUGACCGGAGCGGCGCCCGACAGGAAACGCAGAUCGAAGGAACGUUUCUUUAUAAGUCAGAAGCACUGACAGCAGCCCGCAACUUACUCGACCCGCUUGACUUUGAUGAUUUCGAGACACCGGAAAAGAUGGAUGGAGAAUGGCCUUAUGGUGAUAAUGUCGUGGUUCAUGCCAUCUCGGAGUCUGGUCUAAACAUAUUUAUAACCCUGCAAACUGCUACAUGUAUUGAAGAGACAUUUCACAGCUUGUAA